AUGAUUUCCGUCAUAACUAGGAUCAAGUCGAUCUUCAAGCGUAUUGCGAGCCUCAACACAAAGAAGACCAAGACUCCUGAUCAAUCGCGACCGACCAAGAUCGACAGCGGCAUGAUGACACCUGAGGGUGGAAACAACGGCCACAAUACCGACAUUCUCGACCCUGAAACCCAUUCUGCUGUCGACAGAAACCCAGUCGCUAUCCUCCAACCGACUCCACACAGCGGACAAACAGGCCUUGGCAUGGAUCGCAUCCUCAACGUUUGUGAAAGCGGACUAGAGGAGGUAAACAGCAACGAGUUCAGCACUUUUGACUUCUUCGGCGCGUCGUCGGAGACGCUGGGUGAAUCCGGCAUGGCUGCUGGCCGGUCUCAAGAGCCCACAGACCCAGGCCUCGGCCGUAGUGCGGACUAUACACAUUUGCAGCCCGGGGAUUCUGCCACCUUGACAGAGCCUGGUCCCUUCUUGGCCGGCGAGCCAGCCAUGCAGGCCAUGUAUUCCUUUAGCCAUGGCGAUGAACCUCCUCUCCCAUUCCACAGUCUAGCCAGCUCCCUGCGAGCAAGUGGUGCCCCUGUCGAAAUGGACUCUGCCGCGAACCAGGCAGAGCAGCGGCCAAGUGGACUUGUACCCACGCCCGAGGGUGGGAACGAAGAAGAGCAGCAGGGAGACCGCAUCGUGGUCGGCAAGGACACCCUCGAGGAUCUAGGCUUGGGUAUUCCCCGUUCCAUCAGUCCGAGGACCGCGGCCACCCGCCGCAUGGCGGUCACGGCCGAAAUCGCGCGCCAGGAAGAAGCACCACCAAGCUUGCCCCCAACAGAAGUGCAGCCACUCCCGGAUAAGAGGGUGUUCCCACGCACUGUUCACAUCCCAAACGACAUAGAUCCCCUCGUUCGCAUGUAUCUGGAGCAAAGAAACAACCGCAUCUGCGAAUUCGUGGGUAUCCACGAAAGAAAGCGAAACAACGUGGCCGCAAAGCGCAGCCGCGUCACUCGACUCGAGUCCCUGGGCAGCUAUGAGAGGCUGUACUACCAGGCGACUGCCGAGUUACGCUUUUACCGUCUGCAGGCGGUUUGUGAAGGCCUUGGCGGAGGCGCGUGGGAGGCUCUCACGGAAGAGCAACGAGCCCGCUGGCAGGAUUAUGUUAUUCGCGAGGCCCUGGACAACAAGGCGACCAAUCUACGGGAGAAGAGGGCCGCUCAGCGCCAGAAUCGCACCAAGGGAGCGGCGCGAGCGCGCGGCACAGCGUCCGUCAGGAGCGCGGCUCAGAAAGCAAUUAUUCGCCGGGCUCAAAUCGCGGCGGAGGCACAGAUGCCCAUGAAUGCCUACCUCUCGAGGGAGGUAGACACAUGGCUGUCACAGAGGAAGGACAUGACCACCGAGGAGGUCCUAGCUACGCUCGACGACGACAUCACCGACGACUGGACCGACAUCGAUGAAGAGCUCAUUGAUCCGGAGCAGAUGCUUGAACUCCUCGACCCGGUGGUUCGGGAGCCGGAAUAG